AUGAGCACGGAGGUAGCGGGUCCCAUUGGGAUGGAACUGAGCAGGGUAACGGAGCUAUCGGGAAGACGAAGCGUGCGACGUGUGCUGUUCGGCCCGGUCGAUCAUGAUAAAACCAGAAGCAUCCUAGAUCGAGAACUGGCCAAAAUCGACAGAGAACAGCAGCAUCGAUGGAAUUUCGACUUUAAGAAGGAAAGACCUCUUCAAGGUCGUUACCAGUGGAGUAGAGUGGAUUCCGAAAACGUACAAGUGACGUUACGCGUCACUAGCGUGGCACCAACGCCGCUUAGUGACGUCUCUAGUCGUAAACAGACGUCCGGCGACCAAAACCAGGCGAAAAUAACAGGUAGGUGA